GCCUCCAGCAGCGCUCUGGCGUCAUCAGCAGAUGGAGCUGUCUGUGUUCCCCUCUGGAGUCCAGCCUACCAGCCUGAGUCAGCCUGCAGGAAUUAGGAAGUCUGCUCCGACCACAGCCGACCAGGAGCAGAGAUGGCAGCAUCCGCGUCACGGUCCGGGGAGACGCAGCGCCCCGUUGUUCCAGACUCUGGAGCAGCAGCAGCGAGGCGCAGUGGAGAGCUGAGGCUGGUGGUUCUGGGCCCGACCAAGGCCGAGGAUAGAAGCGCAGUCUGCUCCAUCCUGGGCUUGGAAGGCGGCCAGCGGGGCGCAGAUGCUCAGGAGUGCACCAAGCACAGAGGAGAGGCUGCCGGCAGGCAGGUAGCGGUGGUCUCCAGUCCAGCCUGGUACAGCUCGGCCUGCUGCCCAGAGGAGAGGAGGACCCUUAUUUCCUCCUUGGUCGCCUUAUCCAGCCCCGGACCGCAUGCCUUCCUGCUCUGCGUCCCGCUGAACGAGCCCGCUGACGAUGUGGCCAAGGCGCUCGAUGCCCUCGCCAAACUGUUUGGCCCCGCCGCGCUCAGCGGGAACACCGUCGUCCUCUUCACCCGCACCGACGACCUGGGAGAGGACGAGACCCUGGAGCAGUACAUCCUCACGUGGCGCAAAGACCUCCAGGAGAUGGUGGAGAGGUGCGGCGACCGCUACCAUACGCUGGAGGGCUGCGGCGGAGGAGCGGAGGAGGGGAAAGCUGUGGAGGCGCUGCUGGAGAAGGUCGAGCAGGUGGUGAGGGAGAGCAGAGCCGAGCACUUCAGCUGCCCUCUCUACCAGGAGGCCGAGGACAGGGUGAGGCGGCGGCAGGUGGAGAUCGUAAGGCGGAGGAGGAGCGAAGAGCUGAGCGACGACCCAUCGUCUUCCACCGCAGAACCAGAGGUGACGGAGGAAGAAAUGGAGGCAGUCAGGGAAGAGGCAGAGAGGAGCGUCGGCGGUUUAGACUUUGAUGUAGAUAGCAUUUUCCCUUCUGGUGCGAGGGUCGCUCCUUCCUCCGCCGCUCCGUCGCUUCUCUGGGGCUUAUGGGAGAAGCUGAUGGGCUGGAUCAGCUGGCUGCCCACUCUCGUGAGAAGGGAGGCUCUGCUCGGGGCCCUGGUGGGCCUGUUUGUAGGGGGGCCGAUCGGGGGCACGGUGGGGGCCACUGUGGGUUCCGUGGCUACUGAGGUGAGCCGGAGGAAAACGGAAAAAACCAAGUGACGGGAAACGAUAAAUUACAAACGCGCAAAUGGUUUCACCUUCAACUAGCGCAGUCACACCGUGUCACUGAACCGUUCGCUCGCUGUUAACCCACUCAGUUUUACCGCAGCGGUUGAAAGUGUUAAAUAAAUAUGACCUAAAAUAUAGUUUUUAUGUCAGGUUAUGGUUGUAGAAAGUAGAUCUUUGUAAUCCGUCUCAGUAACGUUGGUCAAUGGGUUGAAGCACGGUGGAGGAAGUGUCGUGGUAUGGGCAGAAUCCGGUGCAUCUGAAACCCGACGGUUCCUUAGUUGGAGGAAACGCCAGUUUCUGGGUCGCACCUGCAAUUUUCUUCAGAAAAGUAUCCCAAAGCCUGGGCACACAAUUCAUUUCCAACUUCCCUGCGUGGGAGAUUAAAUUCUCCAAGUAGACGACACAUCGGCAGUAGGGAAAGCAUCUCCUACUGUUCCAGUGCCUUGGAAAGCACUCUUGCUCUUUAAGCCUUUCCACAGUUUGUUGCUUACAAUGUCACACACAUCACACACAUUUCACUGGGCUUUAACGGGUUUUCAUCUUGCAGGACAACACAAAGUGGUGCUUAAUUGUGAAUAAGAAAUUAGACACCGUUAGAUUUCUUUAUCAAUAUAAAUCUGCAGAGGGUGGUGGACUCAAAAUGUCAGCAAGUUUUAUUUUUUUUUCUGUUGUUAAAAUUAUGUUAAUAGUGAUAAUAAAAAUUGUGAAAAAGUAAUUGCAGUCUUUUUAUGCAGUACAUCUGUCACUGCCUACAUUUAGAGCCCCACAAACACAAAUUCAGCUUAAAAAAAUAAAGCAAACUCCUCAGAUGCUGCUACUUCUACCUCAGUACACGGAGAUAAACUUCUAAAUUAAAAAGAUAAAUAAAAUAUUGACCAUCCCUAGAGUGUAUAUAGUGCAUAUUCUACCCCCAUGUCCCCCGUGGUGCUGAGGAAACGCAUCCCCACAGCAUAAUGCUGCCACCACCAUGCUUGGGGGGGCUAGCGUGUGGGCGUGAAACCUUAGUUUUCUGCUACAUGUAGUCUCUUAUAAACCCGUGAGGCCUUUAUGGACCUGCUGUUUAUACUCCCAUACACUGGAUUUAAAUUAAAUAAACAGGGUAAAGGGGCUGAAAAUACAUGCAUGCCACACUUUUCAGAUUUGGGUUUGUUAAAAUUGGUAAAAACUAUAAUUUUAUUUCUUUAUUAUGCACUAUUUUGUGUUGGUUUAUUCUUAAAUCUCAAUAAAGUGCCUGGGAGUGUGUGUGGCUGUAAUGUGACAACAUGUGGGAAGGUUCAAGGGUCUGACUACUCUUUGUGAGGACCCGUUGGUAACGUGGCCUGCAUGUCCUCGAUAGAUAAGUUAACCAUGCAGAAUUAAUUUCUGAGCUUUUUUUUUUUUUUUUACUUUUUUUUUUCUUUUUCGUUAUCACUGGGUUCUUUUUCCUUCAACUGCUGUGGAAGCGUAAUAAGAUUUUGAGUCAUAUUUAUAAAGAAAUAUCCAAUUAUUUAUAAGGACACGGACCCGUUCAAGCACUACCGCUUCUCUGAUCACUGUAAACCGACCAAAACCCGUUAAAUUACUCUUUCGUUCUUCGCUCUGCAGCUUAGCGAUGACCAAUACUAGCAGUUUGGGGUUUGUUAGCUUUAAAAAAA